CGAAUCCCGGUCUUCUACCCUCCGGAUCAAACCUUGGCGGGACGGCGCAACAUUGGCGAGUGGCGACCGAGGAGGCGGAGCGAAGUGACAUCGCAGCGCAGCCUCGACGGUGACCCUCCUCGUCUUCUUCUCACUAGUAAUUGCCGCAUCCUACCCUCGUGUUCUUGAUGUCGCUAAGCACCACGACGACGGGGAUUAAUGUCCGAUCGCCGCCGCCCAGAGAACCAGACCCGCACGGGGGGCUCUGUCCGGACGCUCGAUGCAGGUGCGCCCCCUCGAACUCGUAGCCCCAUCUUUGCCUCAUCUGCCCCUUUUCUCCUCAUCCCAUCCCUGCUAAGGUUCGUCGUUACUGCUAAGGUCCGACAACGAUGGCUCCAACACGUGAUCUCCUCCUAUUUCUGUUCAGUCUCCUGCUCAUGUAGAUCCAUGAGAAUCCUCAUCAGUAGAUAUUUGAUGGGUAAUUUCGAUCUAUAAUCUUUUCGGUAGAGAUUAUGCGCCUAUCUACUAUGUUGCUGCUCGAUGGGAACUUGGCAAGCAUCAAUGACAGCGAGGAAAACAUAAAUAAAGCGAUAUAUUCCUAGUUUUCUUCUAAGUUGAAUAGUUGCAGUCAGUUUUUUUAGAUUGUGCUACUUUUUUGCUGUUGUUCAUGGAAAGGUCAUUUAAGUUGAAUUGUUGCAAGUACACGCUACUCAGUUUCUGAAUGGUUUUUGAAUGUACAUGCUACUACUCAAAUCCUAAAGAAAUACCCAAGUAAUACCAAAUCAGUUUCUUUUUACAGGAAAAAGAAAGAGCAGCAAUACCACCAUUCUUGCUUCCAUUGGAAAGUGCAGCGUUCAGUUACUGGUAACCCCGCAAGCUGAUUGAAAAUGAUGGAUAUACACUGCAUCUGAAUAGUGUGAGAAUCCACUAGUUGCAAGCUGAUUCAAAUAGUUUCAGUUUGAGUUUCAGUUUCUGCUUGAGAUUGUCACCAUUCUUACAAGUGUAUCCAUGGUUUAUAUAAACAAAUACACUAGUUGCACAUUUGGAUGUAAAUAUAUGAGCAGUUCAUGUU